AGUGUUUGAAAUCUCCCUGGUGCGAUCUGUUGACUCGCCAUUUGCUGGAAGUUAUUUUGUUCACUGCUGUUGCUGUGUGUGUGUGUCUGUCUGUGUGGGGAGAUCGAGCUGUGCGGGAUUAGAGUGAGCGGUCCCCCACCUUGUUGUAACCAUGUCCCUAACCCGCUCCCUAACCCGCUCCGUGCCGAUUGGGAGCCGGUUGCUGUCCGCGGUCCGGGUUUUCUCCCCCUUUCCCCGGUCCAAAUCGGACGCCAGGUCCGCAGUGGAUCUCGGGAUCGACGCCGAACAACAGCCACCUCCCUUGGCGUUGAAAACCACUCGGGACAUUCCGGGUUGCGGGCUUCUCCGGAACAUCUACUGGUAUGUCUUGAAGGGCUACUACGAGAAGACACACGAACUCCAGGUUGUGCAGAAGAAGAAGUAUGGUCCCAUUUGGAAGACCAAACUUGGACCCAUCUCAGUCAUCAACGUGGCGAGCGCUGACCUGAUUGAAGCAAUUCUCCGUCAGGAGGGCAAGUACCCCAUCCGAGCCUACAUGCCCCACUGGCGGGAGUACAGGGAGUUGAGAGGCCACGCGUACGGACCCCUCUGCGAGUACGGCCAAGAAUGGUUUCACAUCCGCAGUAUGCUGAACCCCAAGAUGUUGAAGCCGAAGGAGGUGUCCAAUUACUCCCCAGCGAUCAGUGAGGUGGUGACGGAUUUUGUGAAGAGGAUCCAGUGGGUGAGGGAGACCCACGGUGGGGGACUGAUGGUGCACGAUAUCUCCAAAGAACUCUACAAGUUUGCAUUUGAAGGAAUCUGCACCAUCCUCUUUGAAACCAGGAUGGGAUGUCUGGAAGAGAAGAUCCCCGAGGAGACGCAGAAGUUCAUCGAGGCCGUCUUCGAGAUGUUCCGUUGCUCGGCCCUUGUGAUCAUUUAUCCGAAAGUGCUGUGGCCGUACGUCUCCCAUUGGAAGAAGUUUGUGGCUGCCUGGGACUACAUCUUUUACAUCACCGAGAAGCUGGUGAACAAGAAGAUGAAAGAGAUCCAAGAGAACCUGGAGAAUGGGAAGGAGGUGCACGGAGAGUAUCUCACUUAUCUACUAACCAACACCUCAAUGACGCCCAUAGACAUCUACGGCAGCCUGUCCGAGGUGCUGUUGGCUGCAGUGGACACAACGUCAAAUACAACUUCUUGGGUCCUGUACAAUCUGGCCAAAGAGCCGUCUAUUCAGCAGCAGCUGUAUGAAGAAGUGAACAGCGUUUGCCCAGGAGACCAGCUCCCAGCUGCAAAGGACUUUGGCCACAUGCCCCUUUUGAAAGCUGUGGUCAGGGAGACUCUACGGAUGUAUCCUGUGGUGCCAGGCAAUGCCCGCGUCAUAGUGGACAAGGAUAUUGUGGCUGGAGGAUAUUUCAUCCCGAAAAAUACCCUCUUCCACCUGUGCCACUACGCCGCGUGCCAGGAAGCCUUCGCCGACCCGGAGCGCUUCCGGCCGGAGCGAUGGCUCCGGAACAGAGGGGGCGAGGAGAAGCCGCACCCCUUCGCCUCCAUCCCCUUCGGGUUCGGCACCCGCACCUGCCUGGGCAAGCGGGUGGCGGAGCUGGAGAUGUACAGCAUGAUCUCACGACUGAUCAAGAACUUUGAGGUCCGACCCGACCCAGAGGGGAAAGUGGUGAUGGCCAAGACCAGGACUCUGCUCUUCCCUGGGAGUUCCAUCAACCUGCAGUUCAUCGACAGGGUGUGAAUGAGUUCAGACCCACCCUCCUCCCUGCUCUUCACCACCUUCCCCCCUCUCCCCACACACACAUCUUCCGUCUUAGCAACUCCCGUAGUGCCAAACUGUGGUCUGACUGUUGCGGUGGUACAGUGGUAGUGUGCCAACACUAACACUAUCCUACACGCACUAACACUAUCCUACACACACACACUAGAGACAAUCUACAACUUUUAACAAGCCAAUUAGCCGACAAACAGGCACGU